CACAAGAGGGGUGUGAUGAGGAAAGAUUAUGUUGAGAGGAGUGCUGUGGUGGCAUACACGAUGGGGUAGACAAAGAGGAACCCGGCUUUCUUUGCGCACAAACAAACCAUCUUCGUCUUAUGGCACCAUCUCACCCAUCAGGUUAUAUUUUCCCACUCUUGCGCCGCAUUUCUUCAUUUGCAAUUCCCGCACAUCAUUGUUGGAGUACGCGCUCACCUGUUUGCCUCCGCUGUGUGGUUGUGGCCGCCAAGAGAGACGAAGAGUGGCUGCUGGAACUUUAACAGUUUUUCCAUCGAGCUGCCACAAGAACAAGUGCCCGCCUGGGAGAUCUUAGUUGGUGCCAGUCACUCGAACUGAUCUGAUGUGCUUGCUCUCCUCUGGGAUUCUCGCAACAUUCAAGCACCCACCACCGGAAGAUAGAGCUCCCUGUAGCGAAAGAACAAAAGAUUUGUGCUUCAGUGAAUAGUUAAACCUACAAAAUAUUUAAAAAACUUUCAGUGAUAAAAAAAAGAAUUUUUCUUGUGAUUUGUGAUGAUUUUUCUGUAAAUGAAAAAUAUUUCCACAUAGUGCCAAGUUUGGUGGAAAAAUUCAUCGUGAAAAAUUCCACCCAAGAGGAGCUCCCUAGAAGCAUUUUUUUUUUAAAUUUAACGAAGAGUCUCGGAAUUUGCAGAGUAUCAGAUGAUGAAGCUCAUGCUGGUGCUGCCCGUUCUCUUAUUGCUAAUAUCAUCCACAACAGCACACCCAGUGAGUGAGGAUGAGGAGACGGAUAGUGAUUCCGCGAGGCGAAUCAUCGGCUCCAGCGUGGUCACGUCCGUGUCUGUGGUGAUGAAUGGCAAGAAACCGGAAUUUACUGAUGCAAUUGGGAAGCCAGUACCACGACCCUUGGUCCCACCGCAAGUGGCCAGUCCCAUCAAUCUCCUCAAUCCCGACAAGUAUGAGUUCUACACAUUCGAUGAGUCCGGGGAUCUCAUAAAGCGCCUCAUGACAAUGGAAGAGAUUCAGAGUAUUGUUGCUGGUGGCGACGGCGAGGGAAGUUUGCUUAUGAGCUCACAAAAUAGCACAUCUGAGAAUGAUAACAAAGUUGAUGAGAUUGUGGAAAGUGUGCAGAAUGUACUGAACAAGGAAAUGGAAGCUAAGAAGAAUGCAACACAUGCUGGUCAUCCCAUCUUUGAUACACCAGACGUUUCGUCGUCGUGGAGUCUGAUUCUCCCAGCAAUUUUUGGCAAUACUGGAAACCACGAGAUUAUCACGCAUAAACCCCCAGCAAUUGCCAUGACACCUGAAAGUGAGCUAAUGGAGCACAGAGAAACCCCCACAAAAGCUCCUGCCACAGUUGGGCCAACAAAAGCUGCCGAAGUACCCACAAGAACUACAGAAAUUCCAGUAAAGGUCACAUCAGCACCAUCAAAGCCCACAGAAUUACCUUCAAAAUCCACAGUGAUGAUUACAGAAGCUACAGAAAAAAUCACUGAAGCCUCAAAGAAACCAUCAACUCCACAAAAUGAUGAAAUGAAGAACAUCCCGCUGUACCAUCGUCCAGGAAGCUCUUCAACUGCUUCGGAGAAGACAACAGAAGCUUCUACCCCAGUCAGUGUGAGUAUUUCAACGGAAGCCCCUCAAACGAAAGCAACGACACGUACAACACCCCCAAUGCGCGUGAGGGUUACAGCAAAUCCCAAUAGGACAAAAGUCACCAGCACCAGGAAGCCCACAGAGACGUCUACAGUGCAAAAAAUAACUCACUACUCGACGGUUAUCUCGAAAAUCCCUCUAAUUUCCUCAUCAAGGCUCCCAGUGACUAAACUUCCGGUAACUUCAAAGAUCCCCCAAAUAUCUACAACACAAAAAAUCCCAGAAACUUCCACAACGCAGAAAAUCCCAGAAACUCCCUCCACGCAAAAAGUCUCGGAAGUUAGUUCAACGGAAAAAAUCCAAGAAGCAUCCACAAUGCAGAAAAUCCCAGAAGUUUCUUUAACACAGAAAAUUCCAGAAGUUUCUUCAACACAAAAAAUUAAAGAAACUCCCUCAACAACACAAAAAAUUAAAGAAACUCCCUCAACAACAGAAAAAGUGCCCGAAAGGAUAGAAACAACAAUGAAAAUUCCAUCAUCCACAGAGAAAUUUGAGAGAAUCCCUCCGAUUGCAUUGACGACAAAGAAAUCCCCACAGACAACAUCCAGCAUGCCAACAAAUUCACCAGCAACGCCAACAAUUGCAAUUACCGAAAGAACAACCCCAAAGGCACCAGCUGUGGCCACGCAGACAAUUAGCAUGGCACAAGUCACGGAGAAAACGCAAGCUGUGACCACACCAAAGCCAUCACCAACAGCGAGUACAGCAUCUGUGGCCAUGGAGGCAUCUACCAUGACCUCAGUGAAUGGCCCCAACAUUGACGAUGCGGCUGAAACAAUGCAGAAGCCACAGAAUGCGGAAAAGCCAAUUGAGGAGUCCGACGAGGAUGAAUCCGCCGCACUUGAGGAGAACUCAAUCAACCAAAUAAUUCAAGCACUUAGCAGCUACCCGGACACACCGUCCACAUCUCUAUCAUCAAUGGAAUCAACGUCCGAUGGUACAACCGUGAAGCACCCCGAGCACGGUGAUGAGGAAAAAAUGGCAACAACUGUAAAAGUAAUUUCGGUCAGUGAACCAGUGAAAAGUGCCGAGACGACGGAGAGAACAGAAGAAACACACGGCACGGAUCAUGUGGGAAAGCCCAGCAAGAUAUUUGCAAACAAUCAAUUGUAUGUGGAUGAAGCAGACCCGCAAGUGUCGGAGAUCAGUACAACGCCACAGUAUGAGGAUGUAACAACCACGGAAAUGUCUCUGGAGGAGGAAGAGGAGGAGGAGACAGAGGCUGCAACGGAAUCGGCCCCCCAGGUUGCCGAAAACCUCAUUCCAGGGCCACAGAAUAGUGGGAUUGCGGAGCUCAUUGAUCGUUUUAUUGCCGCCAAUUCAAAUAGUGUUGCUGUCACGUUAACACCCAUGGAGGCACAGCCCAUGAUUCCCAAAGUUGAACAAAUGAUUCAGACAGCGCUGCGCAAAAAUAUAACAAUGAUGGAUUUUGUAGAUCAAGCUGCCACAGUGGCAUCCAUUCUUCAAGGUGAUGAGGCUGAGGAGACAGCCACCGAAUCUGGAUCUCCUCCGGAUUUUAUGAGCAACCUCGAGGAAUCUCUUUCGAAUCUCCUGUCUCAGGUUACAGAUGAACGUCCCCACUCUGUGCCAUUGGUUGAAGAUCCCAAUAUUGAAAGUAAAAUGCCCAAUAUUGAUGCAGAAAAUGCCAUGGCUGAGGAUCCCACAACAACUGAAAUGCCCCAAGAAGACUUCCCAACAACCACAAUUAUCAAUGAAUUUGAUGAGCUAAAAGAAGCAACAACUUUCACAGAAAGCCCAAAUGAAUUUCCCACUGAGCAUCCAACGGAAGCUCCUGAGGCAGAAACUGAAGAGCCAUCAUUGGAGGAAUUUAAGACUGAAAGCCCCACAGAGAGUCCCGAAGAUGCUGAUUUGCCACAAACAACACCCUAUGAGGAAUCUGAUCCUGAUCAAAAAUUCCAUAAAUUGGAAUCAUUGGCCCAGGUAAAGGAUUCCGAAGAUAAAGUUGAGAAUAAUGAAGUCCGGGUGGAGACAUCAAUUGUCAAGGAAACAUCUUCUAUAUCCUUCCAACAGCAGAAGCCAAUUAAUAUCUCCAAAUUAAGUCUCUCACAGAUUAAAAGACCCGGAAAUGAGGGUACAGGAAAUUUUGAAUUUCAUGAAACAAUAAAAAUUCCAGGAAAGCCACAAAUAUCCAAAACAACUGAAAUUCCUGAGAGCAAUGAAAGUCCCAAAAGCACAGAAAUCCCCAAGAUAACAGGAAAUCCGGGAAUCACUGAAAGUUCUCCGGGAGUAACAGAGAGUCCGGAAAAAUUGGAAAUUACCGAUAGAAUAGACAGAACUGAGAUUCCAGGCAGGGAAGAAGUCACUGAAAGAACUGAAGAGAAAACAGAAUUUCCAGAUGAAACCACAGAGAAGGUAACUCAAAUCUCAGAAGAUUUUACAGAAUUCCCAAAUACAAUCGAUGAUACUCAGGAUUCUGGACCCCUGACAUCGGAUAUUCUCAGCAUAAUUGGCACAGUCGGUGGAAUGCUGUUGGACAAUAGUGUCCCAACAGGUGUGGAAGAUCUCGCGACAGCACCGAUUGAUGACACCACUGAUGCAACAACACAUUACUCGCCACUCGGUGAGACCACGGCCGUUCCCACGGAAACUCCCGCCACUGAAAUACUUGAAGCUCUACCAACGGAGAGUGAUGAAAUGUCCAGAGAAACGGGGCAAUAUGAAGAUUCAUCAUCGCUUUCCCCAGAAGAUUUCACAGCGCUUCCCACAGAAGUUCCCUCAACGCUGGCUGAUCUUGUCCAGGAGACUUUCUGGACAUUCGAUGGGAGUACAGGGAAGCCAACAACAAAGUUUAAUCCCCUGAACUUCCGGAAGAAUGAUGUUGAAGAGAAUAUUGCAACGGAAUCAGAUCAAGAAUCAAAUACCGUGGUGACGGAUGAUGCCACCAGCAGUGAGGAGAUCACGCAGAAGACAACACAGAGAUCAUCGCCCAAGACAACGCAGUACAAAUUCAUAGCAGUCGGUGUGACGCGUCGAGAUGAUGGGGCACCACUUAAUGUACCGACACCUUUUGGCUUUCACACGCGUGUCACGGAGGUAAUUGUCCCAGAGACAACAACAGAGAUCCUCCGCGAGACAACGACACUUUCCCACGAUGAUUCCACUGAUGACGAUGCCACCAAUGCCACGCCGCAAAUGGAUGAAAGUGAGGAGAUCUAUGUGAGACUCGGGGAAGCCACGGAGAAGGCAGCUGCUGAGGAGACAACGGUAAUUAAUGAAGAACGCACCGAGGAGGAGAAUUCAAUUGCCGAAGAGGAGGAUUCCCCAACAACAGUUCGCGCAUCAUCACAGAAACGCCCUGUCUCCGUAUUUCACGUCAACACCCCAAAGCCAGCUCAUAUAUCGCCGGCACUCAAGCAAAAUCCCCGCAAGCCUGUUCCUGUGAAUCUCAAACCAGCCCCAAAGGAAGCUCUCGGACUGGAACAGAGCACGCAGCAUCUCGAUCAAGAUCUCAUUGAUUUUGUGAAUUUAUGCAAUGAAUUGGCUUUCACGUACUGGAAAGCAAUGACUGCCGAAGGAAUUAGCACAUCCCGUAGCAUUGUUGUUGCACCCUUUGCCAUCACCUCAAUGCUGGCCAUGAUCUUCCUUGGGGCACGUGGAGCUACCUCCGGUGAGAUGAAUGAAAUUCUUCGCUUGGACGAAAUGGUCACAUUCAAUCCACACGCUGUGUUCAGAAAUGUGACGGAUUCCAUUGAGAAUCUCCGGGAGAGUGGAGUCUUCACUAGUGCUGUGGUGCGUGAAUUGUUCAGUGAUCGCGCAAAAGGGAAACUCCUGUCGUUCUACAAAGAUAAAGUUCAGCAAUUCUACUCGGGGCACGUUGAAGAAGUCAAUUAUGCUGUGAUCAAUGACAUCAUACGGCGCAGAACGAAUUUACUCAUGAAGCGGCAUACGUGGGGAAAGGUCAUGGAAUUCCUUAAAACAAAUACUAUCACUAUGCGCCCUCCCUUGGCUACAGUAUCUGCGAAUAUUUUUAAGACUGACUGUUCCAAAGCAUCCAGCUUCGAUCGUGACGGUGAGAUGUUCUUCCAAAUUUCUCCAGUUGUCCGGCAACGUCGCCUUGUACCCCUCCCAGCUGCUGUCUUCCGGUCAGGUUUUAUGGCGGGCUAUGAUCCGGAAUUGGAUGCCACAGCCGUUGCCUUUGGGAGCAGCAAUAACAUUGUCAGCACAUUGCUAGUUAUGCCUGGGCAGCAGGGCCACCUACAAUCAGGUGAUAGCCUCGAUCGUCUCGAGAUUGCCCUCCUGCAAAAUGGCAUCACAAAGAAUGCAUGGCGUCGUUUGCUUACAACCCUCAUGGAACGUCCUGGACUUGAGUUGCAGAUUCCCAAAUUCACUCAUCGCUCCUUCAUCAAUGCCACCAGUGCGCUCCAGCGAAUGGGCCUCAAUGAUCUCUUUGAUUCCGAAAAAUCUGACCUGCGAGGCCUUACGGCAUCCGCCAGCAAGGAUAUGUUCUUCUCGGAUAUGGUGCAAAUAAAUGCUUUUGCCACAUGUGGCGAAGAUAAAGCCCCGGAUCAGCAUCAUGUGGAGGUUUAUCCAUCACCACCAAUUCAAAAGGGUUUCUACUUGGGCGAAUUCACCCGUGGCCUGGUGGACGAUUUGCCCGAGAGUAUUCGUAUGAAAUUGCUAAUGACACAGGAGCACCAGAGAGCACUCUUUGAUCCCUUCUACGAAACCAAAUAUCUCGAACUCCCUCUGUCGCUGCGUCCUCGCCAAGCAAGAAUUCCAGAAGCACCCAGGCUGCGAUUUGAUCGUCCUUUCCUCUUCUUUGUGCGCCACAACCCAACGGGAAUGAUCCUCUAUAUGGGACGCUUCAGUCCACGACUUCAUCCAUAAAGUCUCAUUUAAUCAUCCUCCUCCCUACCCAACUAGCAUGUAUUGAUUUUUCACGAGUCACGACACGUCAAUAUGGCCAGGGAACGAUCUCCUGGCGACGUGUCAACCCUUUGUGGAAAAAAAAUCAAUAGUCGUCUUGUGCUAUUGUAGGUGAGAAUCAGGCACACACACAGAGAAUAGAGCACAAUCCCUAGCAAAAUAAGUCGUUAGGUUUUUAAAAGAGAAAAGUUUAGUAAUUUAGAAUAUAUCUUAUUUAUUCCUUCUAAUCAUCGUAAUUAGAUUGUAAGUUUAGCAAGAGUUUUAGAAUACUUUUAUGUAUCUGGGUUAGUGGACAAAUUUUCAAAAAGAAAAAAUUUCUGAUAUCCAUCAGCAUUGUGGUUAUCAAUCUCACAUGAUUGCGGCACUUACAUUCAUCGGCAUUCAUUAAUUUGGACUCACAAAUUCUCCACACCAUGUGACUUCAAAUUGACGAAUUCGCGACAUAAAUUAAUUAAAAUAAUUCUCCUUAGUUCUUCCACUUAAUCAUUGUUCAAGUGGGAGCUACAUAAAAUGAGGCGAAUGUAAAUGCAGCGAUUGAAUCAUUACUAAAUUCUCUCUUUUUUCUCUCUUCCCACCUAUUUUCCAAUUCUCUCUCUCUCACACUACAUUAUAUUUAAUAAUUACAAUUAAUAAGAAAAGAAAAUAAUUUAUGUCUUUAGAAAUUUAUAAAGAAUAAGAAUCAAAGAGAAACAUCGUAUCAGAUUUUCAUCUGUAAUUCCAGUUUUUUUUUUUAUAUUCGCAAGAAUUUUCCUACAAAUAAAAGUAUUUUGUGUAAAUAAGUCCAAAA